CGCAAACCAAAAAAGAUCGCCGGAGAUGCGCAGGCAAGCCGACUGACCACCUUCGAAACGGCGUGGCAUUGCGAUUUUCAACGAGCUCAUGGCACUGCGACGAGGUCUUGCCGAGGCACCGACACUACCGCUGUCUGUGGUGCUUGGCUGCGUCCUUGCGGGACUGCUCGUGCUCUUGGCAUGCCUUGUGGGCUACUACUUGGGCUACUGCUUCCGGCGUCGCCCCGCCACGUCCAGCUUGCACAAGCCCCGCGAGAAGGCCCGGGAUACGGAGCCGACUGUCAUGAACAACGAUGGCCGCGACUCGGUCUUCUUCAUCCUUGGGGAUACCAACACAGCGGCGAUGGCGGGUGUCGUGACCGACACGGACUCGAGCGAUGCCGAUGCAGUCGCAUGGACAAGCGAACUCCGCCUCACGAACCGGUCGACCGACUUCUUCUUUGCGCCGCCCAGUGGCCACGAGAGCAUUGGCUGCAACGUUGCCGUCGACAUCUACGGCUCGUCGUGGGGCAGCGCGUCGGGCCGCUCCAGCUACGCACUCUCCGAGGAGUCGGUCUUGUAUCUCGAGAGCCGGCGGUCACUGGACGACUGCAUCUCCGAGGGCACCGACAGCGCGUACUAGUCGAAGGUACCCCAUUAUUAUUUAGUACUCGUACUUUAACUGCGUCAACAAAGAAUAAACACCACCCUGUCACUCA